AUGGAAAGUGCGCACGCGACGACCGCCGCUCCGCGAGUUUUCACUCCACCACCACAGCCGGCAGUGGGGUGGCGGACGGCGGGCGCGCGCGGCGGCGCUCCAGUCCGCGGAACAAGGUGCGCCCGCGCACCACGCGUCACAGUGCCUGUGCUAUAUCGUGCAAUACAUAAAGAUGGGGCCAAAUCAGAUGGUGACUUCAGACCUAUACCCAUACCACUUGAUCAAUGGAAUUAUGAAAAACGGGAAGCUCGCGUCGGUACUCUGCAAGAGACUAUAAAAACAGACAAAGCAACAACGGUCGCCGCAGUGCCUGCUCAUUACUGGGAAGACGCUUUGAGGCAUAGCGUUUAUUUGACACUAGUCAGAGAUAAAAUUGAUCAACUGAUCGCUAAAGGUAUAGUAAUAUCACCCGAUACCAAACCAGAUCCACAUACAUCGAAAGAGGUCGACGAUCGCGACCUUUGGGAAAAAAUUAAAAAGGCACCCUUUGAUAGAAUUAAAGAGGAUGAUCAUGCAUCUUACGGUGACGUUACAAUCAUGGCAAAAGGAAGAUUGUUGGAAGAAAGCGGUGGUUACCGUUUUACGGAAGAUGAACGAUCAAAAGAAGAUUGCAAAGACGAGAUGUGUAUGAAAGGCGUCAAAGCAUUUUGGUCUGUGAAGCGUGUUCGCCAGAGAGACGAAGAGACAUCAGCGGGAAAGUAUCACUACGAAUUAACGUUUUCAGUAAACUCACAACCUCCAAAAAAACAAAGAAAACCGUUUGAAACUCCUGUGAGAACUUUUACUGUACGUGAAAAUCCUCCAGAUAUAAUUGUAGCUCAACCCGAGGAAAAGCUUUUACACCAAACGCCCUUUCCUCAAGCACCCCGACCCCAGAGGGCCAUCUGGUUUCAUAGGAAUAUUGCUCCCGGACGGCAAAAUUUUGCUCGACAUCACCAUCAAGGUUUAGAUAGAAUAUUUUCCGCAUUCUUUUCGGACGAUGACAGUUAUGUAGAACCAUCUCCAAAAUAUAAGCCGAAUCCUUAUGUCCCACCAAUUUACUCUCACCACUCCAAAUUAGGACAUGCAGGACCACUGCGUGAUCAAAAUCACCAAAAAAAAGUUAUACAGUAUCCUUAUACGCCUAACAUGUACAAAUAUUCGAGACCCCCUUUGCAAACUCCACCGUUAAGUCAUGUGCAACAUCACUAUAUUGAUAUGGACGCAGUAGUUAACCAUCAACAAAUUCCCCCUCUUUCUGAUCACCGACAUAUAUCACCCAGUAAUAUAAUAAAAACAACAAGACCAGCAGUUUUGCCAACACCUCCUUAUCCUAGCUUUAACACUACGAUAAGAAACUCUUCUUUAGAAUUUGACACUGAUAACAAAUUCAAUGUUACUCACAACACAACAUUGCAACCAGAACUGCCACCAGUUUAUAAACCGUACAAUAAACCAAGACCGCAGCAAGUAAAAUUCAAUCAUUUCCCGGAUCGAAUACGACCUCCUGUAUACAACGCACCUCCUGGAGUAUUCCUAUCCAUGGAUAAGAAAUUAUUCAAACCAAUGCCGCCUUUGAAAUAUAUGCAAGGUUCUAAGCCUAUAAAACGACCCACGGAUUUUCGACCUAGUCCACAAGUCUUUAGUCAAGACGGACAAUUAUCAGAUCCAGACACAACCAUCGAUUCAGCGUUCAGGCCAAUACUAAUAAACGUGACGGACAAGGAUAAUUUUGAAAAAAUAAAAAAUGAAGUACCACAAAAUAAUAAGCACUUGCGAAAACCUGGAACUAAAAAACCACCGAAAAAACACGAAAACAUUAAAUCGCAUCAAAUCACUACUUCUGUUCCUGAUAUAAUCACUUUAUAUAACAGUUUAGAUGAAGACAACGACACUAUGCAAUGGGCCAAUAUUUUAGGUGCUUUUACUAAAACUACUCCCAUGGCGUCCCAAAAAAAUAAACAAAAGUUGACUGAGAGUACAACACAGCCAAUGAUCAUAAACGACUCGGCUAAGACUAGUAAAAAUAGUACAACUGCAAUAUUCUAUCAAGAAACGAUAAAAACAUCAACCGUAACACCCAUAUCCAAAAAGCGCACACGGCCACCACAUAAAUUCACCAAACCAGAAAAAAUAAAAAAACACAAACGAUUAACAACCACGACCACAGCACCAGAAAAAAUACAGAGGAACAAAACCGCAGAUUUAACACCGCAAGCGAGUUCUGCUGCAAACGGAGCCAACAAAACUUGGCAACCUAAGAAUAAAACUGCUACAAUGCCUACCACAACUACAUCUGUAAGUAUAACGACGCAAAAUCCAUCUCCUUCGACAACUAAAAUAACAACUAUUUCAAGCAUGUCACCACUGAGUACUACUAUGCUAACAACAGCAGCUAUUAAGCCUGCACAACAAAUAAGUAAAAAUCGUUUUAGGCAAUCAACUUUAAUGAUAAAGGGCACAUCAGUCAAGCAUGACCGAUGGAGCAACAAUGCAAGCAGCGAGAAGAAAUUACUUACAACAACCAUAAAAAAUUCAAGAAGAAACGGGUCUAAUUUCCAUGGUUACGGAUCGACCUCCACACGUAAAUAUUCUAGCCCAGAAGAUUUCAUGAAAGAACACGAAAACGAAAAUAAUAGAAAAAUCGAAAGUACUACAAGUGAUUCCCAAAGUACACCACUUUCAACACAAUUAACUUACGAAGAAACUGUAGAUCAUUACGUCAAUGAAAAAUCAACAGUAGGAUAUUCGCAAAAUUAUGAAGAUGACAACGAUGACGAUAAUAAUAAUACAGAAAUAAAGUCAAAUAAUAAUGAAGAACAGGAAACAGAAGACCACUCUGAAUUUAUUUUCGACCUAACGCCUAAAACGCCUAAUGACGAAAGUAAUGAGAUAAAUGAAGACGAUUUAAUAGUAACAGAACAAAGUAUUAUAGCUACAUCACAUACAGUGUCAAAGAAUAAAACGAGAUGCAAGAAAAAAAAGCAUCAAAAUUUAGUUCCCACAGAAUUGUCGACGACAGAAGAAACAUCGACUACAAAAAGCUCAACAAAUUUUUUAGAUGAAUUAUUGGGAAGCUUUUCUGAUAACGAGCCUACCGUCACUACGAAAGAAAGUAGACGUAAAGAUCUAGAGGAAGGAGAGAGUGAAAACCAUGACAAAUACAUACAAAUUGAUGAUGACUUCGAUGAUUUUCUUGAUAGUUUCGGAGACUCACAUAGGCACAGGCAUUCUGAUGAAAGAGGAAUAGAAGAUUAUGAGGAUGACGAAAAAGAAACUUCAAUUGAUGAUGAAGUGUCACCUUUCGACAACGACGAUGUAAACGAACCUCGAAAAUCUAACGACAAGGACUAUGACGAAUAUCAAGAACGCCCUUACAGCUUACUGGAAUUAAUGGCCAUGGAAUAG